AAUGAGCAGCGCUUGCGCCUUGGUAAUGGUUGCAUUGCACUGAGAGGAACGGGACUCCCUCCCCUAAAAUAUGGGGAAACAAUGUAUCGGAGAGGAAAUGCUCUGUGUUACUUUGUUGUAACUAGUUUUCAAGAGCACAUCGGGAAGGGCUGGGAAGUAUGAAGGAGAUGGUUGGAGGUUGCUGCGUGUGUUCUGACGAGAGGGGAUGGGCUGAGAAUCCUUUGGUCUACUGUGACGGGCAUGGUUGCAAUGUUGCUGUUCAUCAAGCUUGUUAUGGAAUCGUUCAGGUCCCAACUGGUCCCUGGUUCUGCAGGAAGUGUGAAUCUCAGGAGCGAGCUGCUAGAGUGCGCUGUGAACUCUGUCCCCAUAAAGAUGGUGCCCUCAAGAGGACGGAUAAUGGAGGUUGGGCCCACGUAGUCUGUGCUCUCUACGUCCCAGAGGUGCAGUUCGCUAACGUUAUCAGUAUGGAACCUAUUGUACUGCAGUAUGUUCCCCACGAACGCUUCAACAAGACCUGUUACCUCUGUGAAGAACAAGGUCGGGAGAGCAAAGCGGCUACAGGAGCCUGCAUGACCUGUAACCGGCAUGGGUGUCGGCAGGCCUUUCAUGUCACUUGCGCUCAAAUGGCUGGCCUAUUGUGUGAAGAACAGGGCUCGGAAAUCGAUAAUGUAAAGUACUGCGGUUACUGCAAAUACCAUUUCAACAAAGUGAAGAAAUGUCGACAUUCGGCUAGCACUGCCUAUGACCAAGGCCUCAGUGAUUCGUCGUCCCAUUCUCAAGAUAAACUGAGCUCCCUGUAUGACAAACAGAGGAAGAGUCGGAAGGACAGGGAGAGGCCGAAGCAGAAACUCAAGAAAUCCACAGAAUCAUUGAACACCGUCGUUAGCACGGUUACUGUAACAGCAGAAAAGACUUGCACGACUGCUGGCAGCAGCAGCAGCAUCUACAUGUCAGGGACCUUGAGAGAUUUGGAUCAACCCACAACUCCCUUUACCAAUAAACAUUUCCAGGGAGCAUCUGCGCCGCACGUGAGUGGGAAGGAGACAACAGAGGUCGCCAGGUCAGAGGCCAAAGGGAAGAAGGCUCCUAGUCAUGGCUCCAGCCAAAGGGGACGGAAAGCAGGCGUCGGGAAGAGCCUGGCCAGUGUUUCCACUGUGUCAACAGCAAGUCCAUUUCAGCAAGGCAGUCUCCUGAGCACCUCUAGCAGUUCACUGCAGCCCUCCCAGGAAGUUGGAAUAUUCAGCAAGCCUGAACUGCGAGGAGACACCUACUCAGUGGGUCACAACUCCUCGCAGAAUCCAGCCUCUUAUGACGUGGCUGAGGGGACCCUGUCGAGCUACAACUCUUUGAUCCGCUUCAGCUCUGCCCCUCCGGCCCCAAAGAAGCCCCCCGAAAGCUCCCCCACAGACUUCAGGACUUCCGCUGGGUUGGGUGGCCCUUCAAGUGGAGGAACUGGGUACAAGCGGCCGCAGCCGGUUGCUGGGAUGGAAGAGGAAGAGACGGUAAAGGAGAAGAGGCACAAGGCUAGCAAGAAGAGCAAGCACGGAAGGGGGAGACCCAAAGGGAGCAAAAACGAGAGCAGCCCAAGCUUGGCCAUCCCCAUGUCCCUCAUCACAUCAUCAACAACUGAUCUGAGUGGAUGCAUCACCAGCCCCGCACUCCCAAAGUUAACACCAUCAACAAGCUACACUGGAGCCAUCCCGAGUCUGUCUCUCGAACCUUCACUUCUGGGUUCAGGUGUCUAUGCGAAUAAGGAAAUUCCCCUAACACUCAGUGGUGGAAUGUUAGGAACUGGCUGCAGCACCGCCCACUCAUCCAACAUCCUGCCCCAUCACCGGACUGGCCAUCUGAUGCACCUCAGCCGACCGUCACUACCUGGGAGCAUGACUGCUACAGCCUCCAUCAGCUCCUCGCAGGUGCUAUCUUUACCUGGUUCAUCAUAUAAUCUCACUCCUUCCAAUGUCUUUGGAGGACCGAUUACACCUGGUACAUCCAUUACUUCGCUGUUAAACCCAGUGGAAACCAGUCAAACAGAACCAGAUCUGGAUGACAACGAUUGCAGUUUUGUCUGCAGGGGCAGUUCUUCCAGGGGAAGCCUAUCUCCAACCUCUCCCAUUGGCGGCUUGUCUACAUUAUAUGAUCAGACCAUACCCAGUCAGCUGGAGAAUGUACCACAAACAACGUCUAACAUAGAGGAGCUCCUGGACAAGCAUUGGAGUGGAGAGGGAGGCAUUGACAUUGUGGACAUGUUAAAAUCAUUGCACCUGCUUCAGUUAGAUAAUCAGCGCUUACAGGAACAGAUCAUGAAUCUCUCUGCAAAGAAGGAGCGUCUUCAGCUGCUGAAUGUCCAGCUCUCCAUUCCUUUUGCUAGUGUGACACCCAGCAAUGGUCCAUCCUCGCAGGCACAUUUAAUGACCUCCCAGAACGCUUGCAGCCCUGAGCUGCUGAACAGCAGUAAAAGUCCCCCUUCAAAGAGCAGCUUCAUAACAGAGAACUCGCUCUCCGCAUCAUCAGAGGAUCUCCGCUUUGGUUGCCACAGUCGAAGCAGUUCGUCUUCCUCCUUACAGAGUACCCCACCUAUUCCCCUCCCUCCACUUCAACAAAGUGCAGUCUCACUCCAGAUCCCAGGCAUGACUGGAAUUCAGCAGCAGAUCAAUGGCCUAACCAGGACCUGUGUAGGAAGCCUGGGCGCUGGAGUUUCCAUGGCAACAGCCGCCUUCUCUUCCACGCUAACAAUGGGCGGGAUGAUGGGAUGCCCUCCGGGGAACCAGUUGGCCAGCAACGGUAUUGUCGGUCCAUUGAAUGGUGUCAACCAAUCGUCUGCAUCUGUGGCAUCGAUCCAUAACUCCCUCCCACAUACAUCUGCAUCCCUUAAUGUUCCACCGCUAACCAGCCUCUCUAACAGCAGCGUCUCCAGAUUGGGCCAAAUACCUGACCAGCAAAGACAGUUCCUGUACCAACAGCAACAGCAGCAGCAGUUACAACAGUUACUGACCUCUCAGCAACUCACUCCGGACCAGCAAGCAUUGAUUUAUCAGAUGAUGCAACAGCAGCAGCAGCAGCAGCACAGACAGAGGGAGCUCCAGCGGCUACAAAUGUCUGGAACGUCACAACUCCCUGUCAACAACCUCGUACAAGGAACUCCGUCCCUGCCUGUCCAUUCAGGCCCAAAUAACUCUUUCCUUUCUGUUCAUGCUGAUAGCAGUGUACAGAAAGCACAGAGAUUGAAUGACAAAGUCAACCAAGAGAAGAGCUGACGUCCUACAUUGCAGUGUGAUGGUGCAUUGAGGGCAAUGAUCCUGGACUUUCUCCUUCACAACUUCUCUUGACGUCAAAGGCCGUGGGUCAAGAGUUGAACAGCCUUGGAUAUCUGCUGCUGACUGACAGGCUCUUGCACACGGAGGCAAAAUGAAACAACCUGGAAGGAAGAGGACUCUAUGCAUCCUCCUGGGACAUGACAAAUUAUGCUUCUUUGCAGAGUGGGGGUGUGGGAGCUACUGGAACUUUUGGUAUCUUUAAUCAAACAGCAGUUCCCUAAUCCAUAGUGAGUCAUUGGAAUCACAAGCAGUGGAAAUUUGACUUUGCCACUGUGGUGGAAAUUAGGAAAAUGGAUUGUUGCUGCUGUAUAGAACUUCAAAGAACCACCUCUAGACACAGAGGCUUGGAGAAACAUUUAGGAUACCAUCCAUCUGUCUGAAUUUGUGGUUAGCAAUAUCCUUGGAAUCUUCCCCUGGCAUUGUCUUCUGUGUCAGCUAUUGCAAUCUUAUUUUUCUCUUUGUUUUGUGUGUAUGUGUGUGCGUAUUUGUGUUCAGUCGAUAUACAAAACAGGCAACUGUCUGAAGAAUUAUGAUCUUUAAGUAGACAAAGCUGUGAGGCAAAGGAUGGUUUGGGCUUGCUGAAGAAGUAAGUUGCUGCUGGAGGCACCCCUGCACAUGGACAGUGUAAACCUCCCCUCUCUUUCCCAAACUGGCCGAGUGGAAAUGUCUGGUGCUCACAGUGCGUGAACCAUCAGACCAAAGUGUGCCAGACUUAGGCUUCUGCCUGUACAUGUACCAUGAGCUCCAGAGAUUUUGCCUGGGAUAUGACGAGCAAUAUUUUUGUGCAGGUUUUUUUUUUAAUCUAUAAUGUUAUUCAUUCAGGAUUUGUAGCCUUUCAUAUUGACAAGGUGUUGGUGUGCUGCCUUCUUGAAGUGUAGUAAUCCAGGCAAUGAUGGUGCUUGCCAGUGUGGUAGGUAUUGCAUUCCAGUGUGUUUACCCACUGAUGCUCCAUUCCCUCACCUCACUGGGUGACUUGUAAUUCAGACCAGCUUAAGCAGAAGCCCAGUGUUUCGUCACCUGUUCCUUUUGAUUUGGGAAACAAAGCAGCCAUUGAGAGGUGAGAGCAAGGGGCCUGGAAUUAAAUAACGAAAAUUUGUAAAAUAAGGAAAAAUUGGUUUCCUCACACUGAGUAUGAUGAAAACUUGAAAUAAAGCUAGGAAAUGCACUGUCGGAAGGAGAAAGUCUGUUUUAACCUAGAAUCUCAAUCAAAAGCUGACCUGUGCUUUCUCUUUCAGACACUGAGCAGCCUGUAACAUGUUUUAUUGCUGUGCAAUCUGAGCCCAGAUCGGCUAAGUUUUUCCCACUGUGGUUUGUUCUUCAUCACAAGGAGACAGUGAAGAGUAGACCAUAACUUUGAGGGGAUCAUUAUCCACGUCACAGAUUUAUCCUGUGGCUCUCCACUCAUCUCACAGUGAAGAUUUAAUGUUGACCUCUGUGAAGCCAUGGGCUUACCUUUACACCCCACCUCCCUUUACACCCCACCUCCCUUUACACCCCACCUCCCUUUACACCCCACCUCCCUUUACACCCCACCUCCCUUUACACCCCACCUCCCU